GGCUCAUCGCAGGCACCCGCCCUCAUCAGCCGCUAUCUCGCAUCGCUCCUGCUGUCCCAUCUGCUCCUGCCUGCCUGCCUGCCUGCUCCGUGCUUGCCAUUUCCUUAAAGCCAGCAAGUGCAGCCUGAUUGCACCCUCGCUCCACUGGCUCUCGUGCUUGCUCGCAUCUCCGCAAAAUGCAGUCCGCCGUGCCCUCGACAUGGACUCCUCCCAGGCUGGAGGACUACCUGAUAGAUGCCGUCUACGGAUUCCUGCCGGUCAACCCGCCGCCCCUUCGCCGCCUCCCGGAGUACUUUGAGCCUUGGGAGUUGCUCCUGGACGACAUCUCGGCUCUCCUUCUUGUUGGUGCCCUCCGCACCCGCAUCGAAAAGCUGCCGGUCAUGGAUACCUCCAAGCUUUCGAAUCUGCGGGAGACACAGCGGGCAUACCUCGUGCUCUCAUACUUGGCUCAUGGCUAUGUCUGGCAGGACAAGACCAAUGUCGCGCAGAUCCUUCCCAAGAACAUUGCCGUCCCUUGGAACGAGGUCUCCACAAACCUGGGCCACAAGCCCGUGCUGUCCUAUGCCGCUGUCGAGCUCUACAACUACAAGCUUCUGGAUCCCGAAGGACCGUGUGACCUCAGCAACAUGGCAACGCUGCACACCUUCACCGGCGGCACGGACGAGUCCUGGUUCUUCCUGGUCAGCUUGGGCAUGGAGGCGGUGGGCGCCCACGCCCUGCCUGCCAUUGUUGCCGCACAGUCGGCCAUUGCCCGCCAUGAUCUCCCGGUGCUGUCGCAGUCGCUGUCUACCAUCGCUGACGCCAUCAAGAAGAUGGAGGACGUCCUGGUGCGGAUGUACGAGAAGAACGACCCGCACAUCUUCUACUACCGCAUCCGGCCAUUCGUCGCUGGAUGGGAGGGCUCCGACGACCUGCCCAAGGGUCUGUUUUAUGAGGGCAUCCCCGACGAGAACGGCUCGUGGUCGACGGCAGAUGGAUCGUAUCGCAAGUAUGCCGGCGGUAGUGCUGGCCAGAGUGCUCUCAUCCACAGCAUCGAUGCCGCCCUCGGAAUCGAGCACUUUCCGACCCGCAACCGGGCGCUCAUGAACAUCAGCAGCGCCACCAAUUCGCCGUCGGCAUCCAACCCGGCCCUGCACGGUUCCCCAGCCGUGCCCAAGCCUGCUGCCGGUACAGCCGAAGCGGCAGACGCCCCCCGCAAGAACGUCAUGCUGGAGAUGCGCAACUACAUGCCCGGCCCCCACCGAGCCUUUGUCGAAGCCAUCGCCAGCGGUCCGUCGAUCAAGGAGUUUGUGCGCACUCUCUCGGACGUUGUCAAGUGCCAGCCGACCGAGACCAGCGAGCAGAUGCGGCAGGUGUGCGCUGAAUUCAAUGUGUGUGUCGAUGCCCUCAAGAGCUUCCGCGAUAGCCACAUGAAGAUGGUGGCUCUCUACAUUGUCUCGCAGUCGCGGAAGCGGACGCAGACUCAGACCGACGCCAACUCGCCAGACUCCCGCAGUCGCCAGAUACCCAACUCCCUGGCUGCCCGUGGAACAGGCGGCACCAACCUGAUUCCUUUCCUGAAGCAGUCACGGCAGGAAACCGUGGAUGUGCGUGUCGAUCUCGAAUAGACGGGUCGCUGGCCAAUCUCGAGCCAACGUGUCCAGCGAUCCCGCAGCGGCGUUUGAUCAGCCAAAGAACCUGUAUUCCUCUUCAAUUUUGUCCACAGUCAGGAGCGCAGAAACGAGUCGCCGCCAAUCGGCGCUGGUGACUUUUUACAGGCAAUCCAAUAAAAAACGGGACACCCGGGAUUUUGACCAUUCAUCGAAUAUUUUGUUACCCAAUGCUAUCGCGCGCUGGCCAUGACCAUUCGCCGGACAGUGUGGAAUCGCGACGUCAAUGCGGCGCGCAAC